AUGGCUGGCAGCGACGGUCUCGAGCUUCAGCGACCAACGCUCGUUGUGGAUGAGAGUCAGGUUGUAGACGCGCCUCGCCAGCAGCGCGAUCAUGACUAUCCCACCGGGCUGCGGUUUGUCCUCUUGACCAUUGGACUAGUAUUUACUAUAUUCCUGUCCGCACUGGACACGUCCAUCAUCUCGACAGCCAUACCCCGAAUCACAGAUCAGUUUGGAACUGUCAAAGACGUGGGCUGGUACGGAUCGGCCUACACAAUCACGAACGCUGCGUUUCAAUCGACAUGGGGGAAAGCGUACAAGUACUUCUCGUUUAAAUGGACGUUCUUGCUCACAGUCUUCGUCUUCGAGCUUGGAAAUGUCAUAUGUGCCAUGGCUCCCAGCAGCUCAGUUCUGAUCUUGGGCAGGGUCAUUGCCGGAAUGGGCGGUGGAGGAGCCAUGACAGGAGCAUUUAUCAUUAUCGCCUUCAGUGCGAAACCGCAGUACAGGGCUGCAUAUAUGGGAGUCCUGGGAGUCACAUUUGGCUGCGCGAGUGUUGUCGGUCCCCUCUUGGGCGGCGUGCUCACGGACGGCCCUGGCUGGAGAUGGUGCUUCUGGAUCAGCUUACCCGUCGGUGCUUUGGCGGCAGCUACCACGGCCCUCACCGUCAAGAUGCCGUCGGUGCCUGAGUCAAUGCGGGUCUCUCUAAGGGAAAAACUGUUCUCGUUAGAUCUAGCCGGCAGCCUCCUUGUCUUAGGUUCGCUGGCCUGCCUCGUUCUUGCACUGGAGAAAGGAGGAGUCUCGUCCCCGUGGAGCAACUGGCGCGUCAUCACCAGCCUGGCAGGCUUUGUAGCUCUCGUCAUCAUUUUCACCAUCAACGAGUGGCAAAUGGGCAGUCGAGCCAUGAUCCAGUCACAUCUAUUGAAGAAACGGCCGAUUGCCCUCAGCCUCGUGUACCAGGUGUUCAUCGCCGGCCUGUUUUUCCCGCUCUCGUUUGCGUUGCCUAUCCAGUUCCAAUCGGUCGGCAAUGCAUCCGCGUCAGAGAGUGGGCUUCGUCUGAUACCUUUAAUCCUGGCCGUGUCUGCGUGCACGAUGGUGGCCAACGGGCUGCUGACCUUCUGGCGGCACUACACGCCUUUCCUCGUGAUUGGCGCUGUGGCAGGCACGCUUGGUGUAGUCAUGGUUCACACUCUGGACGCCAACGCCGGUCUGGGGUCGUGGAUCGGCUUCGAGAUCCUAACGGGCAUGGGCGUGGGCCUGGCUCUACAGGUGCCUAUGAUCGCAAAUCAGGCGGCCGUGGGCGCGGAGGACAUGGCGGCCGUGACCUCGUUGACGCUGUUCUGCGAGAACGUUGGCACGUCCAUCUUCAUCGCCGCAACCGAGGCUGCUUUCACCAACGGGCUCGUCUCGGCUCUGGGGUAUCAUGUUCCGCAGGUGAAGCCAGAGACGGUUGUCAACACAGGCGUGACGGAGAUCCGGAGGCUGUUUGGCAAGAAUCAGGUGCCAGGGAUCCUGAGAUCGUACCUGCAAGGCUGCAAGGUCAGUCACCUGGUGCCGAUGGCGUGUGGGUCAGCUGCCACACUGGUGUCGAUGGUGGUCGCGGUGCCGUCAGUGAGGCAGGGAUGGGAGAAGUGGCAGCACAAAGCGCACGCACGGUGA